AGUUUGAGGCUGACCUUGCUAUUUGUGACGCGAGACGUGAUCGGUCGAGAACUAAAUGUUGGAUGUUGAAUGCAGUCAACGAAACAAUUUUCACAUUGAUCAGCUUAGGUGGCAUUCUCCAACUUGAGUUACCCAGAAUUACCUAACCUAGAAGCGCGAUCGUGUUGUGAUAAAUACUUAUCAACAACGCGGGUGUCAUGUGCACAUUGUCGAGGCUCGACAUCGUUUAGCUUGAACAUACCCCGACAUCCUCAACUUGGAGCAGAACAUUUCUGUUCUCUUAGUGCAAACUGAGAAGCAUUAUGUCUACGAUAUCGACAAGUAGAUGGUGGGGAUAUUCAUGGGCUCUGUUGAAUUACCGCCUGCCAAGAUCAGUCGGAAAAUCCCCAAUGCUUCAGAUACAACAAUCAGGACAUACUCGGCUAUUAGUCUUUUCAAGGUCAUUUUUAUUCGUGCUUUAGGUUAUGUCCGAUUACCGUCGGCCACGGGAUAUUCUGGACUAUGUACUCUCUUUGGCUCACUUCACAUAUCCACGCCGUCAAGAAUGUCGUCUCUCUUCGCCCCACCUCCUCUUCCUGCUACCAAGCUCGGCAGACAUCGUCAGUUGGCACCUAUUGCUGGUCUCCAUGUUUCGCCCAUUUGCCUCGGUGCGAUGAGCAUUGGUGACAAAUGGAGUGAAUUUGGUAUGGGAGCUAUGAAUAAGGAAGACAGUUUCAAGCUCCUGGAUGCUUUCUACAAGGCCGGCGGUAACUUCAUUGACACCGCCAAUUCUUAUCAGCAGGAGAGCUCUGAAGAGUUCCUCGGCGAAUGGAUGGAGCAACGUAGUAUCCGUGAUCAAAUCGUACUCGCAACUAAGUACACAACCGACUUGAAGCUGGGCCAUCCCAAUGUUGGCCAACACACUCAAUACGUUGGCAACAAUAUCAAGUCUAUGCAUCUUUCGGUCGAGGCCUCCUUGAAGAAACUGCGCACUGACUACAUCGACAUUCUCUAUGUCCAUUGGUGGGACUUUACCACUAGUAUCGAGGAAGUUAUGAAUGGACUGCACAACUUGGUCGUUCAAGGCAAAGUGCUCUAUCUGGGCGUAUCCGAUACUCCCGCGUGGGUCGUCGCAAAGGCCAACACCUACGCCAAGGAUCACGGCAAAACCCCUUUCGUCGUCUAUCAAGGUGCCUGGAGCAUUUUACAAAGAGAUUUGGAACGAGAGAUCUUGCCAAUGGCACGGGCUGAAGGGAUGGCUAUCGCUCCUUGGAACGUUCUCGCCGCUGGUAAGAUUCGUACCGAUGCCGAGGAACAGAGACGUCGCGAGACCGGCGAGAAGGGUCGUACGAUCUUCAGCCCAAACUGGGAGCGUACCGAGGAUGAACGAAAGGUUUGCCUCGCUUUGGAGAAAGUCGCCGAGGAAGUUGGAACGAAGAGCAUUACCGCCGUUGCCAUCGCCUAUGUCAUGCAGAAGGCUCCCUACGUUUUCCCCAUCGUCGGAGGCCGAAAGGUCGAACACCUACACCAGAACAUCGAAGCCCUCUCUAUUUCUCUCAGCACUGAACAAAUCAAGUACCUCGAGAGCAUCUUGCCGUUCGACUUGGGUUUCCCGAGCGCUCAGAUUGGUACAGGUGAAGACUAUGUGUCCUACUUCAAGCUAUCUGGACAUUUCGACAAGUGGCCAAGGCAGGAGGUUAUUCGUCCUACCAAGGAUUAGUGUCUUAAGGUCAAAGGCCGAGCUCUUCUUGGAUUUACCCUGUUGUUGUUCACAGUGCAUCAUAGUCAAUCGAAUCUGAUGAGUUGCUAUCGUGCUCAACUCAGUGAGCUGCACAUCCGAAUCCUCGUCGACAGGCUUGAUGAUCAACGACGCCAGACAAGAUUGCAAAACCCGCCGCCGUUUCGAAUAUGCAUCACACCUGGUCCGUUUAGCUCGUGACAACUUCUGGCAAGUUGUGUCUGAGUAUUGCCAAAGUAGAACAUAGGCUCGGACUUUCAAUCUGAAGUACUUGGAGAUGAUGCAUGAUCCACUACUUCAAUAUUUCGACGUACGUCACUAGAAAGACGCUCCUGCAAGUUGUGUUUUUCGACUUCGAGCUGAAGAUUGCGACAAUAUCCGAUCCGUGUACUGUUCCACGUUACACGGCGUAUUGUGACACCUGUUAAAGCAUAUGGGAUUAUC